AUGAGCGCGACAUUCGGCACUCUGUCAGCAUUUGAUGCUAAGGAACAAACUUGGGAAGAAUACUGUGAGAUUCUUGACCAGUUUUUUGAAGCAAAUGACAUUGAUGAUAGUGCUAAACAGAGGGCUAUACUUAUUAGCGUGGUGGGACCAGCCACGUAUAAGCUAAUGAGAAACCUCGUGAGCCCGGACAAGCCCAGUUCUAAAACGUACAGUCAGUUGGUUACAAGGCUGAAAGAGCACUUUAAUCCAAAACCAAGUGAGAUUGUGCAAAGAUACAAGUUUGAUUCUCGUUCCCGUAAACCUGCUGAGUCCAGACGCCUGGCUCAAGAUUGUAAUUUUGGAGCUACGCUGGAACGGCGGCUGAGAGAUCGUCUCGUGUGCGGAAUCGCUGACGAUAGGAUUCAAAGACGUCUGCUGUCGGAGAGUGACCUGACAUUUGAAAAAGCAUUUCAGAUGGCUGUAGCCGACGAAGCUGCAAACAGGAACGUUUCAGACUUGCAACAUGGAGAGAAAAUUACAGUGGUUGGUGUAGCUCAGGUUGAAGUGAGAUAUGCAAACCAGAAGAAAACACUGCCCCUGGUGGUCGUGAAGGGAACUGGACCAAAUCUGCUAGGCAGAGGAUGGCUGGAAAAAUUGAAACUCAAGUGGGAUGAGAUUAGACACGUGAGAACUGAAGCUCAAGGAUUACAAGAGGUUCUCUUGAGACAUGAAGAGGUUUUCAAAGAAGAAUUGGGAAUGUUAAGAGGUGCACAGGCAACCAUUCGUGUAUCUGCUGACGCCCAUCCUACAUUUUACAAGCCCCGCUCAGUUCCAUAUGCCAUGAGGUCUAAGGUGGAAGUUGAGUUAGAACGACUUUUAAAAGAAGGUAUCAUAACCCCAGUGAAGUAUGCAGAGUGGGCCGCGCCCAUUGUGCCUGUUCUAAAGCCAGAUGGUUCUGUCAGAAUUUGUGGUGAUUAUAAAUUAACAGUAAACAAGGUUUCAUCACUGGAACAAUACCCAAUUCCCCGAGUGGAAGACCUGUUCAAUUCACUGACAGAAGGCAAACAGUUUACCAAGCUCGACCUAAGUCAUGCAUAUCAACAGAUAGUUAUGGAGGAGGACUCAAAGAAAUACCUGACGAUAAACACACACCGUGGCCUUUUCACGUAUAACAGACUACCAUUUGGAGUGUCAUCAGCCCCAGCUAUUUUCCAAAGAACAAUGGAAAGCUUGCUGCAAGGUCUACCCCAGAUGUUAGUUUCAGACAACGGCACAUGGUUCACAAGUCAGGAGUUUGAAAUGUUCUUGAAACGGAAUGGAAUACAACAUGUUACAUCUGCACCUUUCCACCCAGCAUCUAAUGGCCUGGCUGAAAGGGCUGUACAGACAUUAAAACAAGGCCUGAAGAAAACUAAUGGGGACACUUUGGAAACAAGGUUGGCAAGAUUCCUGUUUAACUACAGAAUCACACCACAAUGUACCACAGGUUUGUCACCUGCUGAACUGCUGAUGUCACAGAGAUUGCGUUCCUCGCUGGAUCUCCUGCUGCCGGACAUAAAGGCUAAAGUGCGGAAGAAGCAAGAAAAGCAGAAGGGAUAUCAUGACAACCACAGCAAGUGGAGAAGUUUUUCUCCCGGAGAUGAGGUGUACGUCCGUAACUACAGUCAUGGACCGAAGUGGGUGCCUGCCAUCAUUUUAGAGGGCACAGGUCCAGUGUCUUAUACGGUGAAGAUGGGAGAUGGACGUGUUAUGCGGCGUCAUGUUGAUCAGAUCAAGAAACGACAUGUGAUGCAGAGGGACAUGGAUUGGGCUGAAGCACGGGAUGCUCCUCAGUUUCCAGAUGACGUAGUGACAUUUGGACCGGUGGACUCGGUGGCUCCAUCUUCAGGAGGAAAGGCAUUCGUGGAGUCUGCUGCUGAAGCAGCUCAGGGUCAUGUUCCUGAGGGGGAUGUGACAGACGUGGACAUCGAACAGAGAACAGAUCCAACACCACCAGUACUUCGCCGCUCAGAACGUCAAAGGAAGGCUCCUCCUUAUCUGAGUGACUUUUUGUGCAAGUAG